AUGGUAUUUUAUUAUUGCUUUCCAUCUUACAAUUCCAAGGCUGUUGUUAUCUUUAACUCCUUUUCAUCUCUUCUGCAACUCAAAUCUUUAUUGCUUACUGAGAGUAUGGCAGAGGCAUUUCUUAAUGUCGUGCUUGAUAAUCUGAGCUCGCUUAUCAAGGAGGAGAUCGGACUGAUAUUGGGCGUUGAUGAAGAGAUGCAGAAGCUUAAAAGCACCCUCACCACCCUUCAAGCUGUGUUGGAAGAUGCUGAAGACAAGCAAAUCGAGAGCAAGCCUAUUCGAGAUUGGCUGCAGAAACUCAACGCCCUUGCUUACGAGAUUGAUGACAUCUUGGAUGAGUGCAACACUCAUGUCUCCAAACUCAAACACACUCGCAACAAACUCAGUCGCUACAGCCUCCAGAAGAUUUUGUAUCGUCACAAGAUCGGGAGGAGGAUGAAACUAGUCACGAAGAAACUGGAGAGUGUUGCUGCAGAGCGCGCUAAAUUUCAUCUGCGCGAUAAUUCUGUUGAUAGGCCUAGAGAAGUUGCUUUCUCACGUGAGACGGGUUCCAUAUUGAACCAUACUGAUCAGAUUUAUGGUAGAGAAAAAGAAAAAGAAAAUAUUGUGGGGAUAUUGGUUAGUGAUGUAAAGGAGAAUCAGGAUAUGUCUGUGUUGCCAAUCAUUGGCGUUGCUGGUCUUGGCAAGACUACUCUUGCUCGGUUAGUCUUUAACGAUCGGCGGGUGGAAGACCACUUUGAUAUAAGAAUUUGGGUUUGUGUCUCUGACAAUUUUGAGUUGAAGACUUUGGUGAAGGCAAUGAUCGAAGCUGCCACAGGGAGUACGAAAGCUGCAGGUCUGCAGCAGUUGGAUGUUGUAGAGCGUCGGCUUUGGGAGUUGUUGAGCCAAAAAAGAUAUUUGAUUGUACUUGAUGAUGUAUGGAACGACCACCAGGAGAAAUGGUUGGAAUUGAAAGACAUUCUAUCAUGUGGUUCAACUGGUGCAUCCAUCAUUGUCACCACACGCCAACAGAAGGUUGCUGAUAUAAUGGGGACACUUGCAGCUCAUGACAUCAAGGGUCUGUCGGAUGAGAAUUGUUGGAUGCUGCUCAGGUCACGCGCCUUCGGACCUAAAGAAGAAGUGUGCACGCAGCUGGAAAUGAUUGGGAAAGAGAUUGUCAAGAAGUGCGUUGGCGUGCCACUUGCUGCUAAGGUGCUUGGAGGUAUUCUAAGGUUUAAAAGGAAACAAAAGGAAUGGUUAUAUGUGAGAGAUAGUGAAUUAUGGAAGCUCUCACCGGAAGGGAGUUUGAUAAUGCCAACUUUAAGAUUGAGUUAUCAUCAUCUUCCGAUGGAGCUUAGACAAUGCUUUGCUUAUUUUGCCGCCUUUCCUAAGGAUCAUGAAAUUGAUAAAGAUGAGUUGAUCCGUCUAUGGAUAGCUCACGGCCAUAUAUCAUCAAAGGAAAAUAUGGAAGUGGAAGAUGUUGGAAAUGAAAUAUGUAAUGAGUUACUACUCAGAUCUCUUCUACUAUCAACUUUCUCGGAUAACAAGAUCAUUAUGCAUGAUCUUGUUCAUGAUCUUGCGCAAUCCGUAAUGGAGAACAAAAUUCCCGGAGAAAGAAGUGACAGAAAUAUUCCAAUCGCAUCUAUCAUACGUGAGGUAAAUUUGGUUGAUAGAACGAUUAUGUUUCCCAAAAAUUUUCUGCCAGAUAUGGACGUUUCUUCCAUCUUGGAGUACACAAGUGUACGAGUAUUCUAUGCAAACGUUGAUGGGAUAAAAGAUUUGUCUCCUUCCAUUUGCAAUCUUAAACAUCUGCGAUACUUGAAUAUGUCAUCCUCUGGAAUCCGCUCUCUGCCGAACUCAAUAUGUACUCUUUGGAAUUUGCAAAUCCUGAACUUGGAUCAUUGCUAUAAGCUUAUGGCUUUGCCUAAGAAGUUAACCUCCUUACAUAAUCUCCAACAUCUAUUUUUGUCAAACUGUUGGUCGUUGUCCGAGAUGCCUACUAAAAUGAGGAAGUUAACUGGCCUCAAAACACUGAGCAUGUUUGUUGUGGGUGCCAAGAAAGGUACUCAACUUGAGGAGCUGCAUGGCUUGAACCUCAGUGGGGAGCUUAGUAUUCAACAUUUGGAGAGAGUAAAGGAUCACUUGGAUGCAAAGAAAGCAAAUACAUCAGACAAAAAGAAUCUUAGGAGUUUGAAAUUAUCUUGGGUUAGAAAUGUUUUAUCCAAGUUAGAGGAAGAUGAUGAAAAGGUAUUGGAUGCACUCGAACCUCACUCCAAUCUUGAGUAUCUUUGUAUAGAAGGCUUCUGUGGUAGAAAUCUUCCAUGUUGGAUGACCAAUUCAACUUUGGAAAAAAUUGUUAAGAUUGAUAUCGGAGAUUGGGCAUAUUGCACGCGUCUUCCAAAACUGGGAGAGCUAACUCAUCUUAAAAAACUGAGGUUAUGGAAUAUAGGGGUGGAGUACAUUAUUGAAGAAGUUGGAAGUGGAAACGGAGUAAAGAUACCAUUCCCUGCUCUUGAGCAUUUGCAAUUAUCAAACCUCUCAAAUCUGAAGAGUCUUUCAAAGGAGCAAGAGAGUAGUAGAGGAGCAUUCCCAAAUCUUAAAACGCUAUGGAUUUCACGUUGCUCUUCAUUUAUACUGCAACCACACCCAUCCCUCCAAAAGUUGGAUUCUCUAAGAUGCAGUAGCUCAACUUUAGCUUUUUUAUCUGAGCAGGACGUUCCUUGGCGACUGAAUGUGGUGAUUGAGGAGAGCGUUACAUGUUUACCAAUAGAAACAUUGGUAAAGUACAGUAGUAAGCUCCAAUCAUUGAAUAUUGAGGGUGCAAAAGAGAUCUCAGCAACAGAAGGUCUGGAAGCAUUAAAAGGGGUUACAUUUUUAGGUCUAUAUAACUGUGAUAGAAUGACGUAUAUUCCACAGGGGAUGUUGCAACAUCUUACUGCUCUGGGCAGAGUUGAUAUAUUUUCAUGCAAAGAAUUAGUAGAGCUGCCGGAAGAGAUUAAUCAUCUUCAUAAACUUAAAGUUAUACAGUUAUCCUGGCUUCCGAAGAUGGCAUGCUUACCACAAGCCAUACAACACCUCGAAAUUCUAUUCAUGCACGACCUUCCUGAGUUGGAAUCACUCCCUGACCAGCUACCUUCUCUUCACAAACUCGAAAUCACAAACUGCCCAAAGAUUGUAUCAAUUCCAGCUCUACCAAAUGCCAAGAAACUAAGUAUCAUCCAAUGCCCGCAACUGGAAAGACGAUGCCAGAGAAGAACAGGAGAAGAUUGGCACAAGAUUGCCCACAUUCGACGCCUCGAAAUUCCUUAUAACUAACUUCACUCCAGAGCAGCGCAAGAGAACGAGCAAUCUUUUGAAACGGUAGAAAGGGAGAAGUCGACGUCGUCGGCAUGUCUCGACCAAAGAGGAGCGCGCGACGUCCAGACCCUUCGGAGACUUCGUGUCAUAUUAGUAUGCAGGUUUAGUUGCUCUUUAUUUAUUUAUUAGUAGUAUGUUUUAUUUACUUAUUUUUUUUGAACAAAUUAUAUUAGACGCUUUAUUUGCCUUA